AUGUCGAAUUUCAAGUCAGACCGCGCUCUGCUCAACCCUCGCUUCGAAGGCUACAAGCUCUCCCCAAUUCCACAAGAACAGGCCGUCUUCCACUACGGCCUGCAGUACAAGCCUUCCCAGACCAAUGUCUCUGGUCGCUCGCACGUAUCCUUCCAGGAGGUUCAGAGCAGGAUCUCUCACAACCACAUUGCGCUCUGCCAGGAAGAUGGGAGCGCGGCGUACAUAGACGAGGAGCUCCGCGUUGUGUCCAUCAAGCUGAGCGAGGCCACUCUAGAGCCAGCGACGCGUCUCUUGUUUGAGAUGCCAAAGCCCAUAUUGUCGCCGGACGCCGAAUCCCCCCAGCGCGAGUAUCCGUCUGCCGGAUUCUUGAACGCCUCGUCGCUCUUCGUAUCCGAUGGCUAUGGGAGCCUCUAUGUACUGACGAUCCAAAGCACAGGGUCUGCCGAGCUGAUUGGCACGUUCGAACUCGCGAUCCCUGCAGUGUAUGGUUCCUCGAGAGGUGUCGUUCCUUUCAGGAUCCACCAUGUCGCCCAAACUGCCCCAGACGCAGCGACCGUCAUCCUCUCGUCCAAGCACUAUCGAGAGGACACUCCUGCAGAAAGCAACGGCACGUCUCAAGGCGGUCGCACACAGUCAAAGGGUCCCGAGUUCGACAUAUGGGCCGCACGAUUCACCUUGCCCAUAGCCCCCGUCCCUGAUCAGACGCGCCUUCUCGACAUCCUCUGGCAUCGGCGAGGCGACGAUGUCCCCAUCUACACCUUCCAUGACGCCAGCCGCCGCUCCUUCAUGCUCGUCGGCGCGUCCUAUCGUACCAUCGCCGCUGGGCCUGCCCCUACUUAUGUGCCCACGCCGGACGAACUCGCCCCGAUCCCGCGCGCAAACGAGAAUCUCGACGGCGCCACGCUCAAUGCCCCGCAGAGGCCUCCGCCCUACUCCUGGACGCAAACCACCGACAGCGUCACCGUCGCGAUCCCCCUACCGUCCAGCACGCCCACCGACGCGAUCAGGGUUGCCUUCUCCCUCCGCACGCUCACCGUCCUCGUCCGCGGCGCAGGGGGCGCGGAGGACCCGCCGGUGCCGCUCCCGCGAUACGAUAUGAAGCCGCUCUGGGACCACAUCCAGUCCGGGACGAGCAUGUGGACGUUCGACCGCGCGGCGGAGCGCAGGUACGGCGUGCUCACGCUGCACCUCGACAAGGCACACGAGGGCACGCGCUGGCCGCAGGUCUUCGCCGCUGCCGGCGCGACCGCGCCCGUCCCCGGUUCCGCCACCUCUGACGCAGACGCGGACACGGAGGUCCCGGAGACGCUCGACCCGUCCGAGCUGUACGCGAUCCGAGAAGCGCUCGAGAAGUACACGGCCGCGCUGCAGAGCGGGGAGGACGCGAGCGGACUGGGGCUCGGGCGCGGCGUGCCGAGUCUGGCGCAGGAGGAGAUGGACGACGAGCUGGACGUGAGCGUGGGCCGGAGCGCGUGCGUGACGUGGGUCGGCGCGGACGGUGCGAGCCCCGCGUUUGGUCAUGACGACGAUGCACCCCUACAGGUGCUCUCGACGUCCUUCCCCGGCACGGACGCGGAGAGGCCGAGCUUGGUGGUCAAGAACGGGCUUGAUGGGGUGGUGUAUGAGCUUGGUGCGGCGGGUAGCCCGGAGGACAAGCCAGAAUGGAAGCAUGCGGCGACCUACUCUGCGCUUGCGUUCGUGCUCGCGAGCAAGCGCGACACCCGCUUCACAUAUCACGUCUCUUCACGCGCCGUUCUCGCCUUUGAGAGCGGUUCGAGAGAUCUUGGCGGGAACGUAUACAUCUACCGAGGAGCGCCGGCGAAAGAAAAGUGGGCUAAGCAAGCGGUGCUCAAAGUAGGAGGCGGAUCUGCAGGGGCGUUGUUAGGCGUCACUCUCAUGAAGACUGGGCCGAAUCUCGAGCCUGUAAUCUUGUGUCUCUGCGAAGGUGGGCUGAUACUCCUGCGAAACGUGGUAUGA